GUGUGUUCAUGUGUUCGUGUGUGUGUGUGUGUGUGUGUGAGGUCAGUGGUUUGUGGGAGAUCACGUCAGUUCGAAAGCGAAGAGGAAUGUUCUCACACUUACGAAACGGACUGAAAAUCGAAGAACAGGACCAGCAAGAGCAAGAUUUUACGACCGAGUGUAAGUUUGAAAAAUUAAGACUUCGUAAAAACUAACGAGAGUAAAGUCGUAAUCAAAUCAAUACUUACGAGAAUAAAGUGGUGAUAAAAUCAUGAUUUACAAGAAUAAAGUCGUAAUAAAGUAAAUACUUAUGAGAAUAAAGUCGAAAUCAAAUCAUUACUUAUGACGAUGAAGUUGUGGUAAAAUUAUUACUUACGAGAAUAAAGUCGUAAUAAAGUAAUUACUUACAAUAAUAAAGUUUUCAGAAAAUCAUUAUUUACGAGAAUAAAGUCGUAUUUUAAUUUAUUAUUUAUGACACAAGAGUCGUAAUAAAAUUAUUAGUGGUGAGAAUAAAGUCCUAAAGUACGUAAAAGUAAAAGUAAAUGUUAGUAAUGAUUUUAGCGCUUUCCAGCUGUCGUUAGCCGUUGUCAGUUGUUGUUAGCUAUAUCAGUUUUAAAGAACGCACAACACAGUAUUUUACUCGUACAAACACCAUAACACCGUGUUCACAGUUAGAGGUCGGGCAGUUUGACACAAACCACUUAUUUAAUUUCAUAAAAACAAAACAGAAGUGCGAAUAAAUAAAACAUUACGAGAGUUUUCACUGUUACUCUUCACUGCUGAUGCUCUGUGCUGCCAUCUUGGAUUAUGACGUUGUCGUCAAGUCGGGGUUGGCGAGGAUCGUCAGACUGUCAGAGUCUGAAAUCCGACUACAGGGGGGCAUUCCAGAUUAAUUUCCGCUGCUGAUAUACUGAAAAAGUUUCGUACGUUAGGUUUUAGACUUGGUUAUAAAUCGGUCAAAUACCAACAGGAGCUGUUUUGACCCGCCUGGCUUCAGCUCGGAUAUUAAAGAUGCUAGAAAGUCAAAAACCAGGUAGAAAAUCAGGCAGUAUGAGCUAACAUCAGUGUUUGUCUGGUUUUUAAACAGACCCGGUUCACAGCGACGCCUUUUUAACGGCUCACAAAAGUCAAUGAGACUUUUCUCAUACUUCUCAUUUUUCUGUUUUGUUUUCUCUCUGAAACUGUCCGUAGGUGUCAGACAAGAUGGUUAACAACAAACUGCUGAAAGGACAGAUGGGCGAACCGCCAGGAAGCGCAAGAGUUACGCGGAAAAAGGCAAGCUGUUCUUUGUCGUUGGUCAACCUUCGGCCUUGGAGACAAGAAGUGGAUCCGGUUUCUUGGUUGAUGGUUCGGCGGACACCAAAGUGCCCAAGUUGUGUCUAAUGGUCAUCAGGGGGCGGUUCCACCAGUUAAAUCAGGUUUAACAGAGUUUAACAAUAAGUUAACUCAGUUUGUAAAGUCAUUCUUUAUUUUGUAAUUUUGUAAUGCUCCAAAACCCCCAAAUAUUCGAGCCAAAAUACCGACUCUUCAGGCUUCAUCCGCUUCUUCAUAUUCAGUCCGACGGUUUCGCCCUCUUGACUGUACGGGGUGAACGUCGAGGUGCGGAGUGCAGGCUGUGUGUACAUGUGUUUUAGUGUGUGGGCUCUUCCUCGGGUUCAUCACAGAGACGGAUGCUCUGUGGUUUCGAUCACGUCAUUCUUUUACUUCCUCUCAGUAUCUUUGUCCUUCUCCCUCUCUCACACACUCGUCCUCUCUCUCUCUCUCUCUCUCUCUCUCUCUCUCUCUCUCUCUCUCUCCCUCCCUCCCUCUCUCUCUCUCUCUCUCCCUCUCUCACACACUCGUCCUCUCUCUCUCUCUCUCUCUCUCUCUCUCUCUCUCUCUGUAUUAAAGAAAAAGUGGACUCAUAUUCAAACGUCUAUUUGACCGAAGACGACAAACUGGACAGAAUCGUUUCCUUCCUGCGUUCAUGUCUUCUCUCUCUUUUGUUCUCCCCUCUUCAAUUCAGUCUCACCUUCACCCUCUCUACUUCCUCCACCCACCUGUCUCUCUCUCUCUCUCUCACACACACACACUCUCUCUCUCUCUUUGUCCCUUUGUUUCUGCAGCUCAACUAUUUCACACCUGUUGUAUCGCACCAGCUUUGUCGAUGCGACUCAACGCGGAGGAAUUAUCACCAACCCCCAAAAAGUUGAGAGAAGAGCGAAAGCCGAAGAAGGUUGAGAAGAAGAAGAAGAGGAAGAAGAAGAGGAGGAGGAGGAGGUAGAGGGUGUGAGAAGAAAAAGAAGUGAAAGAAGAAGAAGAAACUCGAAGACGAUCGACCAUGAUCCAGCUAAGUAAGUGUUUACCUCGGAAGAUUUAAGACAGUCAGACAGAGUUUCCAUAACAGACGUACCUGCUCAAAGUACGCACUGAGGAAUAUUUGAUAUUUAGAAGUCUAGCAAAGAAAUUCUAGAUAGAUCUAGAUUAUUUCGAGUCUCGUAUUUGCCGAGAAGACAGUUUGGAGUAUUUGACAUCCUUGAGUCGAGCUAACUGACGUUCUGCUACUUUUGACGUUCCAGAAUACGGCAGAUAUUUUAAAGUGUUUGACAUUCGAUAGACGUUCCAGAAUUGAGUUUACCGAUAUUCUUAACUGUUUAGCAGGCACUCAGUAAAAGGCCGACAUCCUGAUAAUACGCUAUCUGACAUUCUGAGACGUUUGUUAUUCUAAGAUCGACCGAGCAGACGACCGAAAGUAUUCAACAUUCUGGAAUCUAUCAACCAAAAAGAUAACAUUCUGAAAAGACACGGGAAAUUAGUCAAAGGUAUUUGACAUUCUGAAGUCGAGCGAGAAAUUCUAGAUCAUUAAGAGUCUUGUUUAUACCGAGCAGACACUUUGGAGUACUUGACAGUCUUAAACUAAGAGAUUCUAGAUUAUUUAGACUCUCGUAUCCACCGUUCAGACAGUUUGGAGUAUUUGACAGUCUUGAGUCAAACUAAUUGACAUUCUGCUACAUUAGACAUUCCAGAAUUACGUUUACUGAUGUUCUCAACUGUUUAGCAGGCACUCAGUAAAAGGCCGACAUCCUGAUAAUAAGAUAUCUGACAUUCUGAGACAUUUGUUAUUCUAAGAUCGACCGGGUAGACGACCAAAAGUUUUCAACAUUCAAAAUAAUUGACACUCUGCAUUCGACCUACUCAUGUAAUUAUUUUGAUAAUCUUGAAUUUAUCAAGCAGACAGUUUAAAUUUUGUUACAUUUCAAUGUAGGCUAGCUAACUGACAUUCUGAGACAUCUGUCAUUCCGGGAUCGACCGAGCCGACGACCAAGAGUAGUUAACAUUCUGGAAUCUAGCGACAUCAAAGAAAAGUGACAUUCUGCAUUCUACCUACUCAUGUAAUUAUUUGAUUAUCUUGAGUUUAUGAAGCAGAGGGUCUAAAGUUUUGUUACAUUUCAACGUAGGCUAACUAACUGACAUUCUGAGACGGCCGACAUUCCGGAAUCUACUAGGCUGACAUUCCGGAACAGUCGACGUUCUCGAAUCCUUCAAGCCGAAGUUUAAAGAAAUGUCACCCUGGAAUCGACCAAGAACAUUUUGUCUUUUACAUUUUGAUGUUGCUAACUAACAGCUGAUAUUCCAGAAUUUAAUGAAACCGAAUUCAGGACUGAGUCAUCUCUCUGGUAAUCUAUGGGGUCAAAACAAUAACACUUCGAUCCGUGGCUGUUAGACUUCUUAAACGAUCAUCAGUGAUUUCCAACGACUGAAAGAGACAAACUGUACGGUGGAAACUAAGACUGAAAGCUACAAGAAUGUAAGCUAGCAAACCCACCUGUCUGCAAAGCAGCUGAUCUGCAGAGUCCAUAGAAACGAUAAUUAGUUAAAGUGAAAGUUUCACUUCUGUUUCUGCCGUCAGUUACAGGUUUUCUGCUGCCUCGGGUUUCUCUUUUUUUUAAGCAAGUAUCAAAUCAGAGUGAAGCAUCUGCUUUCUGAAGAAUUUCUGAAAACCUAAAAACAAGAGUCGGAGUUUCAACCGAACAAGUCGCUCUAAAUGCUGAUGUCAACGUCACAUUAGAAACUGCCAAUUUAAAGGGAUAGUUCAGCGUUUUUUAUGAGUGGGUAAGUAAUUCAUCACUCAUCAGGGUGUAACCUACAGUAGAUGGUCGUCAUUAUGUCUCGUUUGGAGAAACUAUCCAGAAUUAUUGACGUGAACGUGUCCUCCUCCCCAAUACAACCGUCAACAACAACAGCAGGUCGGUGUCAGACGUCAGAAGUGUCUACAACUGCUGCUGGGCAUUUUGGAGAAACAAGAAGAUGGAGCAUCGUACAGCGUUGUUUUUGUCCGACAUGAUGGACGCGCUACUUUUUCUAAAGAGGAGACCAACGCUACUCCUCUACUCUGGUAUUUUUGUACGCACACAUACAUCCGACUACGCUGGUUACAUGGUAGAGAAAAUCGAAUUCCAGUCGCAGUAUCCGGGUGUCCAACUAUAAUCCAAGGUGUUUAGAUGCACUUCAGUUGUCCGGUCUUAAUCGGAAUAAGGCGAUAAUCCGGUUUUCUGGAGUGUCAUGUAAACAUACUGAGUGUUACCAAAACUUUAAAGCAACUCGUCGUUUGGGGAUUUUUUUGAGGGUCCGAGGUUAGGGACAAUGGAUGGUGAGCGGGUGGAAAUGCAGAAUGGAAUAGUGACAUAGUCAAACAAGAUCCCAGUUCAAAGUCUGCUGACGUUUGCGUUUCUUUUAACAGUCCAGCAACAUUUCAAAGCUCUUAGCAGCUUUUGAUUUGUGUUAUAUGAAUGACUGUUUUCUUCAGUUUGGUUGAUGUCUCUUUCAUUCAACACGCCGUGUAUCGGUCUUGCCAUUUCUGCACCAUCCUUCCAGUGCCUUUGUCUUAGAUGUUGGACUCUUGCGAUAUCUUAAAGACCCCGGUCAUUUUUAAUGGUACCUUUAAGAUAUCUCAAGAGCCCAUAAUCCAAGACAAAGGCACUGGAAAGAUGGUCCAGAAAUUGCAAGACCGACACACAGUAUGUUGAAUGAGUGUUUUCUUCAGUUUGGUUGAUGUCUCUUUCAUUCAAACAUGCCGUGUAUCGGUCUUGUCAUUUCUGCACCAUCCUUCCAGUGCCUUUGUCUUAGAUUAUGGACUCUUGAGAUUAUGGAGUCUUGUUUGCCUGAGGAUCUGGAAUACUAACCAAAGUUUUUGACUCAGUGUCAACAGGCAAAGGUUUCAUGUGCGGAUUGAGAUUGAGGCCGUCACACACUGCUUGUUACGCUUGUUACAAAGUUUUUUCCAGUCAAUGUGAACAAGUCAAAGGGCAUCAAUCAGUCUGUUUCCAUGACACUCAAGAAAACCGAAUAAUCGCCUUAUUCCGAUUAAGACCGGACAACUGAAGGUCAUGUAAACACCUUAGAUUAUAGUCGGACAACUCCGAUUAAGACACCCAGAUAAUGUGAUUAAAAUUUGAUUUUCUUUACCAUGUAACCGGCGUAGUCGGAGUAUGAUUGGACAAUACAUUUGCGCGUGCGCCACGCCCCCGUAACCCCAGAACAAAAACCCCAGAGUAGAGGAGUAGCGUUCGUCUCAUCUGCAGAAGAAGUAGCACGUCCAUCAUGUCGGACAAAAACAACGCUGUACGAUGCUCCAUCAGCAGCAGUUGUAGACACUUCUGACGUCGCCCCUGAUAUCGCCCCCUAGUUUUGGGGAGGAGGACACGUUCAUGUGGACAAGGAAAGAAGUCCGAUUCGGCAAAAAAAACAAAAUAUGAGCUUAGUCCGAUGAAGCUGUGACUGUAAACGCACUGAUUGACUCACUAUCACACUAUAGACAGUCAGAUGAAGAAGGAACUUCUGUUAUUAGCCUUUCAGAAACCAGACCGACUGUUUUAAUAAGACGGUGGUUCACCACAAACCACAAAACUUGAUUGUUUCUUAAGAAAGACGUUUUUAUUCCGACACUCAGCUGUAAAUCGGUUUACAGACGUGUGGAUUUACCUUGAAUUUAAUCUCCAAACUCAGAAACACAAAUAGUACGAAACAGGAAGGCGUGCAGCUCAGACAUGUACUGCAAACGGUGAGAAAAUGACCCACACAGCUGUCUAUUGAUUCGCCCACAAAACACACACUCUCUCUCUCUCAGCGACUCAGCGAGUGUUCGUUCUGCAGAAAAGGAAACUAUACUUCCUGACAACGACCUCCUACUCAAAACCACAGAGUUCAACUUAAACAAAACUUAGAAACAAUAAAGUGUUCGACUCAGCAGACUCUCUCCGAUCUUUGAUAUUUAUAAACCCCGGAGGAAGAUCAGUUCUAACUCAUGACUGGAAAAAUGGAUCUGGAGAAAAAGGUCAUGAGAACUGUUCAACUUUGAGAACCACGACAGCUGCUGACUUUUGUUUUUGUUGAUUUGAAGAUGACGUAACAGUGCUCUUCUCUUUUUUCCAGAUCACUCCAUCCGCUCCUUCUUCUGCUGCUGCUGUUCUGUUCAGACCAGGUACUCACGCUUCGGCAGUCACAGUUGUCAAUAAUCAACACACGUUUUUUUUUUUUUAUCGUUGAACUUUCUGAAAACACAAACAAUCUUACGGAUGGGUUCUUUUCAGGGAGUUCAGCACCCGUAUGGAGUUGGAGGACAGCACCUCCCUGUGUUUCCAGAAGAAACGAUAUUCCAGGACAACUUGUCGGGUAAGACCUCGUCGAUGUCUUUGUCGUUUUAAUGUUUUAAUGUUUUAAUGUUGCUGUAUAAUUUUCCGUCUUCUUGUCACAGACUGACCGGUCGAGGAAGAAGCCUCCCCUCCCCCCUCCUCAGGACGAGGACGGCGUGGGCGGGGGAUUGCUGAUGGUCAUCGCCAUGUAUGACUUCAGCGCCAAAGAAAACACUGACCUCACACUCAAACAGGUACAAACACACACACACACACACACACACACACAUAUAACACAGACUGAACUGAGUAAAGGGUGGAUGUUGAUGCAGAGUGUUGCGUCCACAGGGCGAAGAGUACAUCAUCCUCCACAAACAAGAUCAGCUGUGGUGGAGAGCGCAGGACAAAAAUGGGUACGAAAAUCGAAAGUACUUAAAGCUCGUCGUGAGUGCGUGAGCCACGAUAUUUUAACGAUUCUCAAAUCAAGUUUUCUAACUUCAUACUUUUCCCUUAUUUCUCUCAAGAUCACCAAGAUGUCAGGGUUUUUUUUAAGUGUGUUUUCCAGAUUCAACUCACCAUUUAAUUUAAUUUAAUAAUAAUUGAAUUGAAUUUUGAAUCGAUUAAUUUAAUCAAUAAUUGAAUUUCCCUUCGGGGAUUAAUAAAAGUCUUCUUCUUCUUCAGUCCUGGCAGCUUGGUUUGUGUUGUUCAACCCUGUGCCGUCUGAUUUUGAAUUUCUAAAGCUGAAUUUUUUUGGCAAAAAAAUCAGACUUGGAAUUUCAAAACCAAUGAGUUUCAAGCACGCAUUUUUAUUUCUCAGUUUUUAAAUUUCACAAUGAUGAAAUAAAUUCAGUGUAUAAAAAACAGUUUUGCAAAAUAUUUUGCAAAUAUUUUCAACUGAAAAAAAAAUAUUUGUUUCGUAAAAAUUUUACUGAAAAAAAACUGUGUAAAAAAGAAAAUUCAACAUUAAAAGAAUUUAAGUGUCAAAUCCUUCAGUGUAAAAAAAAUCGGUCUCUCAAAAAAUGUGUGUAUUUAAAAUUUGACUAAAAAAAAACAGUGUAAAACAAAUUCAACAUUAAAAAAUUUCAGUGUCAAAUCAUUCAGUGUGAAAAAAUCAGUCUCUAAAAAUAUUCAUGUAGUAAAAAUUUGACAUAAAAAAACGUGUGUCAAAAAAAAAAUUGUGUUAAACAAUUUAGUAUUAAAAAUUUUGUGUACAACAGACCGACUUAACAUCCGGGUAAUCAGGGAGACGCAAUCGAUUCCGCAAUCUUCCACUGGGGUCAGGGCCUCUUUUUUGGUACACUGAAUUUUUUUUUUCUUGAAUUUUCUUAAUCAAAGUUUUUUUUAAAGUCGAAUUUCUACUUAACAAAUCUUUUGAGGGACCAAUUGUUUUACACUGAAUUUAUUUCAUCAGUGUGAAAAAAAAGUGUCAGAAAUAUAAAUGUGUGAUUGAAAUUCACUAGUAUUGAAAUUCAAAGUCCAGCUUCAAAUUCACAAUCAGAUGGCACAGAUUGACUUCCAUACUUAACAAACAGGAAUGACUUUAACGCUUUAAAAAAAGCUGAACCUCAUGAGUUAAACUGCGGCUGUUUCUGUGAGCGGACGGUUCACGUUGACUUUGUUUUGUUUCCGUCAGGAAUAAAGGCUUCAUCCCGAGUAACUACGUCACCGAGAAGAACAGAAUCGAAGCAAACUUGUAAGAGUUACCAUCUGUUUUUGGAUGUCUAUGUUCGUACUAAACCUUGAUCAGAACAGUUUUUGUAUUUCCUUUAGUUUUGAAAAUUGUGAACUAUAACAGAUCUACAAACUUACACCUAUUUUCUUCCCUCUGUGGAGGUGGUACUGCAAAAACAUCACCAGGACAGAAGCCGAGCAGCUGCUGAGACAAGAGGUUCGAUUUUUGUCUGAUUCAUUCAAAUAUUUAAGACGAAUUUAUCAUUUUUCAGUUCUGAAAUAAUUCGGGGAUAAAGUUGUUCGACAGAUAUAUGAUCCGUGAGUACAUGAUCGGCGAAUAGUUGACAGAAAUGAUAGAUUCAUGUGUGGGGGUUCACUUUCUACCUUUUUCUAAAGUUAAAGUGAAUUGUUUGAGAUAUUUCACUUCUUCUACCGAGACGUUUGUUUUGUUUUUCUCUCCAGGACAAAGAGGGCGGAUUCUUGGUGCGAGAGUCCAGCCAGAAGGGAGUCUACACCGUUUCUGUCUACACCAAAAUGAAAAGGUGAAUCAAAAGUCCAAAGUCUUGCACAGAAGACAUAACAAAAAGAUUUAAUAUUUAUUAAAUAUGUUUCUUUUGAAUCCUAAUUCGUCUGUUUGCUUUUGCUUUAAUUUGUGUGCGCAGUACAAACGGGGAUAUUAAGCAUUACCAGAUCAAGAUCAGUGACACCGGACAGUACUUCCUGGCUGAAAAGCAUACAUUCGACUCCAUACCUGAGGUCAUACACUACCAUGAACACAACGCAGCAGGUACAUGAUUUCAAAAAGUAUAACUGAAUGUUUGUCAUGAGACAAAAAAAUGAUUUUAAAUAUAAUAUUUCUGGUUUACCGCUGUAGGUCUAGUUUCCAGGUUGCGGUAUCCUGUGGGGCCAAUGGGAAGGUGUGUACCUGCGACGUCAGGAUUCAGCUCAGGUAAAUAAACACCAUCAUUCGCAAAAAGCUUUAAUUUAUGACCCUACAAAAGUGUUUUCUUUCUGUACCCCAGCUGGAGUUUAGAUUAAAAUGUCUUUACUUGUCAUGGACUUCUUGCUCUGAUUGGCUAUAAGUGCUGACCGCUUGGCUUGAGCGUGUGAUGAUGUUUCCAGCUUUUCUAGCCAAUCAAAUGCGAAGAAGGCGGGGCUUUCCCCGGCAAAAGUCUAAAUUCGUGUCGGCCCCGGUGUGUAAGGACCUUUACUUAAAGCACAUGAAACUAUGGUAACAACUUUUAGCUUACGUUAGAGCAGAUGAAAGUUCAAACAAAGACGUUUAUCAAACUGUUAAAGCACACAAACCAUCGUCAUAUGAGAAAUCUGACGCUAUGACUCUCCACAAGUCGUCCUUCAGGUCGUUAUCUUUGUAAUAUUUGCGUCUUUUAUCAAAAAUCACUCUGUUCUCCAACACGUAAACAAUCAGAUGGUCGGCCAUGUUGGAUAUACGGGUGAAUCUGACGUCGCAACAACACGAAAUCUGAUUGGUCAGAAGUGGAUAAAUGCCGCAAUAUCGCAGGACAGGGAAAAGUCGCUGAUAUGAUGCUUGAAAUGACAGGACAGGAAAUAAUAUUGACGUCCGAAACAAUCGCACGAAAAAAAAGCUCCCGGUGUGAAAGGACCUUUACUCUACAAUUUGCUCGGACAUAUAAAUUUAGAGAUUAGCAUAAACUAGAAAAGCACUCGGAGAGCGCAGACCUCCGCCAAGCAGCUCAUGUCCCCCCUUAAACAAGAAGUGCCCUGACCGAGAUUCAAACCCAGGACCUUCUUGCUGCGAGGCGACAGUGCUAACCACUACACCACUGUGCCGCCCAUUGGUUAUCUUUCAGCAUUGAAAAUUCCAACAACACCCUUAUUUUUGUGUGUUCUGGAUCACAGUAUCCAAAAUUUUGCACCUCUGGUGAAAAUUUCAGGUCAAUCCGUCUGUUACUUUCUCCGUAAAGUUGCUAACAGACAAACAAACAAACAAACAAACAAACCAACGCUACCGAAAACAUAACCUCCUUGGCGGAUGUAAUUAUCUCUUUAUAUGCAGACGAUACCGUGCCCUUUUUCUUAGAUUUGGAUCCGUUUUCCCUGUUUUCUGUGUUACACAUGGACAGGGUCAAAAAUAUUCAACCAUAAUAAACUAUUUGCCGCAGCGUGUUGGCUAUUCCAUGUUGCUAGCAAAGAUGCUGUAAAAAAAAUGCUCCCGAUUGGCUGAACCUGAACAAGAUUCCAGGAAAUCUUUCCAAACAAGACAUUCGGAAGAUGGAAGUUAUUGAACGUUUUUUACCCCUUUUGUAACGAGAUACUCGACAAAGGAAUUCAUAAGGAAGCAGCUUUGAAACUGGAGCGUCCAGAGAUGCUUUUCAAAGUCCUGUUUCCCCUUUCCUCGUUUCUAUCUAUCUCCCCACUCUCUUCUUUUUUUAUUCCCCCCCUUUAGAGAAGUGGGAGAUCAACCCCAGUGAACUGACCUUCAUGAAGGAGCUGGGCUGCGGUCAGUUCGGUCUGGUGAGGCUGGGGAAGUGGAGGGCUCAGCAGAAAGUGGCUAUCAAGGCCAUCAGAGAAGGCGCCAUGUCUGAGGACGACUUCAUCGAGGAGGCUAAAGUCAUGAUGUAAGGAGGGGGGAGGGGAUGAAGUCAAAAUGGUGGAUCAGGACAGGGAGCGGAAACGAGCGAGAAAACAGGGAACAAAGACCGAGUUUCGAAAUCUGCCGUCAUGACGUGGAAGUGAAACUGAUUUUUUUUUGUUGUUGUGUCUACCAGGAGGUUGUGCCACCCUAAACUGGUGCAGCUGUACGGGGUUUGCUUGCAGCAGCGCCCCCUGUUGAUCGUGGCCGAGUGUAUGGACAACGGCUGCCUGCUGAACGUCCUCCGGCAAAGAGGCGGGGACCUUAGGGAUGAGUGGCUAAUGUCCAUGUGCCAGGAUGUUUGUGAGGGGAUGGAGUAUUUGGAGGCUCACAGUUUUAUCCACCGAGACCUGGUGAGUUGAUCAGUCUUUACCCGAUUCUGUCUCUGAGUCUGAAUGAACAGUCCAAGGACACAUUUGUAAGAGUUACACGGUUAUCUUUCCGACAUCCAGGCAGCCAGGAACUGUCUGGUUAACGAACACAAUGUGGUGAAGGUCAGCGACUUUGGAAUGACCAGGUACGGCAACCUAUUUAUCCUAAACUAUGGCCAACAGCAGCAGCUUCUAAUGAGCUGACAGGCAGAAAAUUAAAAAUCCAACAACAAAGGAAUCAAACAGUCGGAACUCUUAUCGGAAUUGUUUGAACACUGCACUCGUACUUUUAACCACGUCCUUGUUUGCAGGUAUGUUCUGGAUAACCAGUACACCAGCUCGAGUGGAUCCAAGUUCCCUGUGAAAUGGUCUCCUCCCGAAGUUUUCCACUUCAGUAAAUACAGCAGCAAGUCCGAUGUUUGGUCCUUUGGUGAGGAAGCAAACACUCGUUUUACUAUUUUUCUCACUUGGAAGUGCAGCAAAUGUGAAAUCCUCUUUAUUUUGAACUGGAAUCCUUUCUACGGGUUGAUUCGAGAGUUGUUGAUGACACUAUCGUCUACUUUUCAAAAAGAGAGAGAGAGAAAAUUCUUGAGAUAAAAUAAAUGUAUAAUGCUGUGUUCCAGUCGGGGGGCAACCGCCAUUCCGACAUCCCGCCAUUCAGACAUUGGUCUCUAAUUGUCGGAGUGGCGGUAUGUUACCAUGCUAUAAAACGUCCCGUCAUUCCGACAGCUCUUGUCUGCUAUGGUCGGCCGCGGAGCCUCCUGCGCGGGUUCGGCGUGGAUAUCUGACUUCAGGGGGGGCGUUCCAGAUGAAUUUCCGACUCGUAGCUCGGAUAUCCCGCCUCCCGAGUACAACUGGAACGCGGCGUUAGAACUUAAAGUCCGAAAAGAUGCGAAUAUUUCCUGCUGCUAAAUUGAAGGUUAAAAUAAACUUUCGAAGUAGCUUUAGUUACAACGGUCGUGUCACGAGUGUGUGUGAUAAUGUGCAGGUGUGGUGAUGUGGGAAAUCUACUCAGAAGGCCGAACGCCGUUUGAAAACCGCUCCAACUCUGAAGUCGUCGGUGACAUCACCAGAGGAGUCCGACUGUACCGCCCACACCGCACCUCACAGCCGCUCUACGCCAUCAUGUACCGCUGCUGGCACGAAGUAGGUUCACUCCAAUGAUGUCACUGAAAAUGUUGAAGUGAGGGGGAAAAAAAUCUAAAAUAUCCGACUACCUCUUGUUAACUGUUUGUCUUUUUCUCCCUCCCUUUGUUCUUUUUCUUCUUCGGUGGUGGUGACAGAAGCCGACAGGUCGACCGUCGUUCUCGGAGCUUCUGGAGGAGAUCAGGAAACUGGCAGAGAACCAAGAUUAACACAAUCAUAAUGUAAAGCUGUUUAUACUGUAAAUAAUGAGCGUAAACAAACUAUAUUAUAUGACUGUAAAUAAUUUGUCUUUACCGAUAAAACCUUUCUGGUUGAGGCACUGUAAAUUUAACACACCUUCUAUAUAAACAGAUUUAAUUAAAAAUCUAUGAGUCUGAUUUUAACAAAAA